UUUUCCUUUAAGAAAUAGUUCAGAAAUGUUAAUUCUCUCAUCAUUUACUCCCCCUUAUGCAGUCUCAAACUCUACUCCUGUGGAACACAGAGAUAUUUUGAUGGAGAUAUGAUGUUUUAUGUCCAUACAAUGCAAGUCAAUGGGGUCCAAAACUUCCAAUCUCCAAAGAGAACAUAAAGGUAAUUAAUAUGACUCCAGUGGUUUAAUCCAUGUCUCCUGAAGCGUGUUCAGCACUCUGCACAUGCGUCAAGCAUGAGGAAGUCUAAUCGAGCUUUAAAUUAUGAUCAUGCCUAGGAGAUUCCUGACUUCAAGAUUUAUAGUGAAAAAGGAGUUACAUUUUGGUCCAUUUCUCACUCAAAAUCGAUCUUGUCGCACCAGAAGACUUGUAUUAAACCACUGGAUUUCUUUUAUGCUGCCUUGAUGUGCUUUUUGGAGCUUCAAAGUUUGGACCCCAUUGACUUGCAUUGUAUGAAAAUAAACACAUCAUACAGCCUUAAAAAAAAUCACUUUUGUGUUCCACAGAAGAGAGUAAGUCAUAUGAGUUUGAGACGGAAUAAGGGUGAGUAAAUAAUGAGAGAAUUAUGGGUUAACUAUUCCUUUCAGUGUUGGCAUUUCUGUGUGAACAUCGGUGUGUGUGUGUGUGUGUGUGUGUGUGUGUUCAGGGUAACUCUGGUCUGGGCUUCAGUAUAGCUGGUGGGAUGGAUAACCCUCAAAUAGGAGAUGAUCCCAGUAUCUUCAUCACGAAGAUCAUACCAGGAGGAGCAGCAGCACAGGACGGCAGACUGAGGGUGAACGACUGCAUUCUCUUCGUAAAUGAUGCUGACGUGAGAGAAGUCACUCAUAGUUUUGCGGUAGAGGCGCUGAAGGAGGCAGGGCCUAUUGUACGACUCUACGUGCUGCGACACAAACCGUCUGCCGAAAAAAUCACAGACAUUAAACUCAUCAAAGGCCCGAAAGGUUUGGGCUUCAGUAUUGCGGGCGGUGUGGGUAACCAGCACGUCCCGGGCGAUAACAGCAUCUACGUCACUAAGAUCAUUGAAGGCGGAGCUGCACAUAAAGACGGACGGCUGCAGAUAGGAGACAAAAUUCUUGCUGUAAAUAAUAUGUAUUUAGAGGAGGUGAUGCAUGAAGACGCUGUAGCAGCACUGAAGAACACAGGAGAGAUUGUUUAUCUGAGAGUGGCCAAAACUCUGUAUCAUCCUCAGCAUCAAGAUAUCUACAAUCCACCUGACAUCACCAGCUCGUAUUCUCCUCAUAUGGACAUGUCGGAUUACCCACAAGCCCUCAGUCCCUCAUCUCCACGGCGAUACUCCCCCAUCCCCAAAGCCCUGCUGAUGGAUGAUGACAUACCCAGGGAGCCGAGGCGUGUGGCGAUUCUCAGGGGUUCUACAGGUUUGGGCUUUAAUAUCGUGGGCGGUGAGGAUGGUGAGGGUAUCUUCAUCUCGUUUAUUCUAGCGGGAGGAGCAGCGGAUCUGAGCGGAGAACUCAGGAAAGGAGAUCAGAUACUGAGCGUGAACGGUGUGGAUCUGCGUCAUGCGACUCAUGAACAGGCUGCAGUGGCGCUCAAGAACGCAGGACAGACGGUCACCAUCAUCGCCCAGUACAGACCAGAGGAGUACAGCAGAUUCGAGGCGAAGAUUCAUGACUUGCGUGAGCAGCUGAUGAACAGCAGUUUAGUUUCUGCAGCAGCGUCAUUACGGAGCGGAAAGAGAAGCUUCUUCAUCAGGGCUCUGUUUGACUAUGAUAAGACGUUAGACUGUGGCUUCCUCUCUCAGGCCGUGAGCUUCAGGUUUGGAGAUGUGCUGCAGGUGUUUGACUGCAGUGAUGAGGAAUGGUGGCAGGCCGCAAAAAUCUCUGCACACGGAGAACUGGAGGAGACCGGAUACAUUCCCAGCAAGAGGAGAGUUGAAAGGAAGGAGUGGUCCCGUAUGAAGACCAGAGGCAGAGACGUCAUUAGUGGACGCAGUGAAUACAUUGUGAGCUAUGAGACAGUGACACAGACUGAAGUGCACUACACGCGUCCAGUCAUCAUCCUCGGGCCGAGCAAGGAUCGCGUUAAUGACGAUCUUCUCUCCGAGUUCCCGGACAAGUUUGGCUCCUGUGUUCCGCACACGACGCGGCCGAAGCGUGACUAUGAGGUGGACGGACGGGAUUAUCACUUUGUGUCGUCACGGGAACAGAUGGAGAAAGACAUUCAGAGUCACAGAUUCAUCGAGGCUGGACAAUAUAACAGCCACCUGUACGGGACCAGCGUCCAGAGUGUGAGACAGGUCGCAGAACAGCAGGGGAAACACUGUAUUCUGGAUGUUUCUGCUAAUGCUGUGAGGAGAUUACAGGCUGCUCAACUUCACCCCAUCGCCAUUUUCAUCAGACCCUCCUCACUGCAGAAUAUACUAGAUAUAAGCAAACGUUUGACUGAAGAACAGGCGAGAAGAGCUUUAGACAGAGCCAUCAAACUGGAGCAAGACUUCAUCGAGUGUUUCUCAGCGAUCGUGGAGGGCGACAGCUUCGAGGAGAUCUUCCAUCAUGUGAAGUCUGUGAUCAAGGAACAGUCUGGACCGUAUAUCUGGAUACCAGCAAGAGAGAGACUGUAAAAACACACAUACACAACUGAAGACUCCCAUCAGGAACACAGGAGAGAUGUGUGAUGAGAGAACAUGCCCAGCUCAUAUUUCAACACAAAAUCACAAGAGAAAAAAUAAGAAAUCAUAACUUCCAUGAAGAUAACUCGGGAGCAAAAAUGUGCUGAAAAUAAAGGCAAAAUAUAAUUUGUUCUUUCUUUCUUGUGAUUUUGUGGUGAAAUGUGAGCUGGACAUGUUCUUGACAGGUUUCAUGAGAUUCACCCUUUGAAAUUUCAUGGAAAUCAUCAGGACUUUGUCUAUUGCGUGUGUGUGUGUGUGUGUGUGUGUGUGUGUGUGUGUGUGUACAUGAGCCAUUGCUACUGACAACGACGACGAUGAUGAUAAUGAUGGUGUUUACAGGGGUGUUUCCAUGGUGACUGUGAGCUCAUUGAGUGCAACACAAUGUCAGAGGCAAUAUAGACAUGAGCACUGAGCACUUUACUAACACACACACACACAUCUCAUUCACACAGGAAACACUGAUGUGUGUGUGUCUCAUUGUGAUGUGUCUCUAUAGGGCUACUAUUUACAUAUAAUAAACUAACUGCACAGGGAGAGAAAUGUGUGUGUGUAUGAGUGUGUGUGUGUCUGUGUGUGUGAGUGAGUGAGUGUGUGUGCGAGUGUGUGUGAUGUGUGUGUGAGUGAUGUGUGUGAGUGAUCUGAAAGCAUUAGAUUCAUACUCUUAGUGACAGAUAUUUUAUGAUUUAUAUGUGUGUGUGCUUGUGUGUGUGAGAGAUAUACUGUUGAUGAUUAUCAUUAUUAUAAAUAUAUACAUAUAUUGAAAUAUACCGCAGCUGUACAUAGAGAUUUAGAUGAUAUGAACCAAUGUGGCUUUAAACACAUGAUCACUGCACUUCUCUGAGCCAAAACGACCCACAAUCCACCUCUCUGCCCAUAUGAACAUACACGACACACGUCUGUCAUCCCUGCCAAUACGCCGCUCUCAUUCUCAAACAUUAAACCAGAGUGAUUUUCUGCUUUAGUUUGUGUGAAUAUGAUGUUUCUGUUCAGUUUGUCAUUGGCUCACGACUCUUACAGAUGCAUUUAAACUCAUGGAUGUGGCGAGGGAACAGUCGCUCUGUAUAAUAUUAAAUAUAUGGAUUCAUAAAUAUAUUUCCUGUUGUAAACUAGCUCUAAAAUACUGAGAUGACAUUAAAAUGUUUUAAUAAUU